AUGGCGGAGAACCCGCAAGACCUUGGCAUGUGGGUGGAAGCACUGAAAGCGAAGUACGAGCCCAGCCCAGGUGUGAAGCCUUUCGGUCGCAAGGAGUUCGACAACCUGCUUGGUCCGUAUGGAGGCUGUACCGAUCAGCCUGCGGUACUAUUUAACGAAGAGCUCAUGGCAGCCUAUCCGGAAGCGAAAGUUAUCCUUAGAAACGGUAAUAGCCGGUUCCCCGAAUCCAUUCGUCCCGUUCUCUGCCAUGGUGGACCCAGGGUACAUGGGACAUAUAGUCGCGAAACCAAUCUUAUUGCCCGACACUACUUUGGCGUCACCCACACAGCGGGCCCGAAGUCCUUCACGGCUAACGCGCCAUUUUUCGAGCAAUGGCAAGCAAGUGCAAGGUCCACAUAUCUCAAGCACAACGACCAUGUCAAACAAAUCACGCCGCCCGAGAAGCUAUUACUUUUUGACCUCGAUGAUGUCUGGGCGCCGCUGUGUAAUUUUCUAGGCAAGCCCAUCCCCGAUGUGGCGUUCCCGAAAGUGAACGAGACCCUGGCUAUACAGGAGAAGAUCCAGCUGUACAUUGCAGAAAGUUAUAAGAGAAGCUUCAUAAGGUUUGCAAAACGAGUUGCUCCUGUUGCAGCCUUGCUAAUCGCGGUUGCGAUAUGUCGUUUACGUGCUUCACGGUGCGGUCCUGCCUUCGAAGGUGCCUACGUGACCGAUUAUGCUGAGCGUCUUCCUAUACAUCGUGGCACGCGCAGAAUUCGCAACUGCUUAGAAGUCUGGUUGCUCAUUUAUGCCGUCAUCAGGCUUUGCGAGUAA